AAAACACAAACACAUUAAAAUCACUCUUUCAAUUUUCUCUCUCUGCAUUCAUCCAUUGCUGAAUACCAAUACCAAUGGCCAUUGCAACGGAGACCCAACUUCAACCUCAACAACACAAGGCUUCUUCGGAGGAUUCGGGUUCAGAUAUGGAUCAGAGAAGGUGGACGCUCAAUGAUUUUGAUAUUGGAAAGCCUCUUGGAAGGGGGAAAUUUGGCCAUGUCUAUUUGGCCAGAGAAAAGACUAGUAAUCAUAUUGUUGCUUUGAAAGUACUCUUUAAGAGCCAGUUGCAACAAUCCCAAGUUGUGCAUCAACUUAGAAGAGAAGUUGAAAUCCAGAGUCAUCUCCGACAUCCCCACAUCUUGCGCCUCUAUGGAUACUUCUAUGAUCAGAAGCGAGUUUAUUUGAUUUUAGAGUAUGCACCCAAAGGUGAACUUUACAAGGAAUUGCAAAGAUGCAAAUAUUUCAGUGAAAGGCGUGCAGCUACUUAUGUUGCAUCAUUGGCCCGAGCCCUUAUAUAUUGUCAUGGAAAGCAUGUAAUACAUAGGGACAUUAAACCAGAGAACCUUCUUAUUGGUGCACAGGGUGAGCUGAAAAUAGCAGACUUUGGGUGGUCAGUGCAUACAUUCAAUCGCAGGCGGACCAUGUGUGGCACACUGGAUUACCUUCCUCCUGAGAUGGUGGAGAGUGUAGAACAUGAUGCGAGUGUGGAUAUAUGGAGCCUUGGUGUCCUGUGCUAUGAGUUUCUUUAUGGAGUCCCUCCUUUUGAGGCUAAAGAACAUUCUGAUACUUACAGGAGGAUAGUACAAGUGGAUCUCAAGUUCCCUCCUAAGCCAAUAGUGUCUUCCGCUGCAAAGGAUCUCAUUAGUCAGAUGCUGGUCAAGGAUUCCUCUCAGCGUCUACCAUUGCACAAACUCCUUGAACACCCUUGGAUUGUUCAGAAUGCAGAGCCAUCCGGUGUAUACAGGGGCUAGUGCACCUCAUCAUUUUUUUUUGUAUUUUCCUUAAUCGUGGAAACCAUCAGAAUAGAAGCUGCUUUGAAGGUAUUUGAAACAACCGCUGGUUUAGAGACGGUGCAACUAUUUGAAGAAGUUGCUACGUUUAGAGAUGAUGCAACCAUUUUGGUUGAGAGAUGUUACUAUUUGAUUAGAAUAACUGAUGUCACCUUAUUAUUUUAUUGUAAACCCUACCCCUACAAGGCUAUAAAUAUAACUGAUUUGUUCAGGGGCAGA